GAAGGAUUGGACAAACUUGAAUAGGCCGUUCCUCCUGCUCUCACAAACCCAACUCUAACCAAUAGCAAAACGAAGUACAACUUGAUCCAAAAGGAAGCACAAGAUGACAAAACAGGAAGUGAAGGCACUAUAUACAGGAAACAUCGUGGUGGCAUUAUUGAAGGAUGUCUCUACCAUUGCUUCUUUCUCAGUGGCUGAAAAGUGGAACAAGCAAAAGACAAACUGCCUUGAGGUUGCCAUUCAGAGUGUGGUGCAAGUCAAUCCAAUUUUGACGUCUUCCAUGGACACAAGAAAGUCAGACAAUGGAGAAGAAGAAAUAGUGGCUAUGUUUCACACUUUUCAUCCCAAAGAGUUGUUAAAGAUCAUCCCCAAACCAUCCAAGCCAAAUUUCAAGAAGCCACUGAAGGACUUGGACAAGAAAGAGCUCCUUGCAUACUUGGAGGGUGAAAUCAUUCCACAAUUUCCAAGCCAUGUUGGCCAAGUAACCAGACAUUGUGGUCAAGAAAUCACAGACAAAUCACCGGUCUUUGAGGUCCACAUGAUGCAUCUCCCAGAAAACUAUGCUUGCUAUUCAGUCUCGCUCAGCCACUGCAUUGGAGAUGGAGCCAUCUACUACCAGGUCAUGGAACAGCUUAACUCAGCUAUGACAAGUGGAACCAUUGAGACUAAGAUCAACUGGGAUGGCUACGAAAAGAUCAAGGCCCCAAACGUUGCUCCUAGCCUUGCCCUACCCCCUCUUACUAUGCUUGGGUUCAUGAUUGGGCCCAGAGUCUUCAAGAAGUUUGGACCCAAGGAGGCUGAACCUUACACUCUCCUUUUGAGCAAGAAGAAGAUUGGUCAAAAGAAGAAAGAGUUGGUUGACAGCACUACAAAGUACCUGACCUCAAAUGAUGUUGUUUUGUCUGCUCUCUGUGGAGCCAUGCUGGACAAUGCAGCCAUCCAGACACAAUAUGUGAAUCUGCGGGGCAAACUGGAUGAGCUGGACCCUAGUGAUGCUGGAAACUACGUUCUUACAUCUGUUCUGGGUGCCAAAGAUGCUGCAAGUUAUCCCAACGCAAUACGCAAAGUAACAGCUUCAGGCCAAAGCAAUAUCAGCCCUUGGAAAUCCUUCUUGCCAAUUGCGAGGGGAAACUAUGUAUGCAAUACCAACUGGGCUGGACUGAAGAGCGUGCUUGAUGGGACCGUUGCCCAUGUCCCCUCGAAUGGCUUCAUCCGCUCAAGGUUUGCUGCUGGUGGAUCAUCCUAUUUCACCAUCAUCUUCGAGUAUGACAAUGAGGCGCUAGGAGUUGCAACGAACUGUCCCAUCAAGGAGGGGGGAUUGUUGGGUUCCAUCCUUUGGGACUAAGGCAGUAGAGGAACUGUUCAGUAAACUUUGUUGUUGAUGUAUGUCUCCUGUUCACUAGAUUGGCUGACAUUGAAAGGACUAGAGCGCUGAAACAUCCACACAUAGACAUUCUAUUGUGCCUUUGUACAGAUCCAGGGUUUCAAUAGAUUAGGCAUGCCACAGUUGCUUUAUGUGCUUAUUUCCUCUCCAAC